CUGCCUCUCUCCAAUCUCUCUCAAAAUGGCUGUUGCAAACUCUCGCUCAACACCCAUCUCCUUCAACUCCUCACUCCCAAAAAACUCUCCCAGUUUGCCACUGGUUUCACCCCAAACCUUUUCCUCCUCCAACGAAGACACAAAUUUCCCCUUCAGACUCGUCAAGCUAAUUCAAGACGUUCCCUUGGUCAUAGGUCGCUCAUCCAAAUCACAGGCUCCCUCUGACUCAAACCCAAGAAAGCCCAAACGAUACAAUGGCUUUAUCAACGAAAGAACUCUCAGCGCUUCUCAUUGCAAAAUCUGCAAACAACUAAAAUACGACCCCCAAAAGAAAUCUUACGACUAUGCCUACUAUCUAUGGGAUUGUGGUUCUCAGCAUGGCGUCAUCUUCAAAAACUAUCUUUUACCAAAAGGAAUCAAAAUCAAAUUAAACACCAAUGACGUCUUUGGCCUAAUCGCAACCGACAAAUCAAUUCUACUCAACAACAUUGACAAUUCUCCUAAAAAUGGUAAUCUUAUACUUAAUGGCUCUGUUGCUACUCUAGAUGCUCCCUCAGAAGAAUGGGCUCGUGUUGAUGAAUCAAAGAUUAAAUUAUUGGUAACUUUUAAAAUCUUGCCUGAUCCUUUUAUUUCCCUAGGCAUUUGCUCCAACCCAUUAAAUUUAAAAUCACAACUCCAAAAUAAUGACAUUAAAAUCGUCUUUGAUAUCGAAGAAAUCAAUAACAUCGAAGAAAUUAACAAAAUUAAACGCCAACCUUAUGCAAUAAAACAUAAAUCUCCUUUUAUUCUAUCUAAAACAAUACCCACAAGAAAAAUUGAAUCUGUCUCUAAUAAUUUAACUUUCAACCCUUCAAAUUCAAUCAAGUUUCAAACUACUCCCAGCGUUAAUACCUCAUUACCCAAAACUUCUCCAAAUUGUUUCCAAUCCGAUUUUUUACCAAAAACAAUCAAUUUGUCAAACUCAGCCACUUCAUCAAAUCUCUUUUCUGGAAUAAACUUAUCCUCCAAUUUAAACAAAAUUUUAAAUCCAAUUAAAAACCAAAAAACUACUUCUCAAAAUGACGCAGAUUUAAAAGAACAGCAACCCCCGGAAAAAAUCAGUAAAUUUAUCAACAAUGAUUACGAUGACAUCGAUAUCGAUAACGUCGAAGAAGAAGAAGAAGAAGAAGAAGAGGAGGAUGAUGAUGAUAUCGAUCUCGAUGAUGUCGAUGAUGUCGAUGAUUUUAAUGACGCCGAUAACAUGUCCGAGUUUGAAAAUGAAAUCUCUUUCGCAGGAGAACACUUGGACUCUAGUUCAGACUGUAAUUCUUACCAUGGUUCUGAUAUUGAGUCAAUUGAUGAACCACGUACUGCUCAAUUCACCAAUAACAUUCUUGACAAAAAAUCGGAAAACAUCUCUAAACCUGUUGAUAAUCCAACUGGACAACCCUCAGCCCCUAUAGCUUCAACUUCUACUUCCACUUUCAUUUCCAUUUCCACUCACAAUGCUAAAUCACCUAAAUUAGAUUUUACCUUUGAAAAUCCUCAAACAGAUUUAAAACUCGAUUCAACUCUUGUUCAAAAUGUUCAAAAUGUUCAAUCCCACACUACCACCGAAAAUCCUUCAUCAAAUGAAGAAUCAAUAUCAAAAGAAAUUAAAAACUUGAAAAUCAGAAUAAAUGAACAUGAACUACAAAUGAAAAGAGAACUUGAUAACUUCCUCUCUUCUGACUCUGAUAAAAAUUCAAAUCCAUCUCCAAAGACCCCAAAUUCAUUUUCAAUUUCUUCAUUGCUCUCCUCUCCAAUCACUUCAAAUCUUAAUGAAAUUCCCAUCGAUUAUGAAUCCGAUCUCAAAACUCCUAGUCCAAGAAAGAGAUUAUUUUCCGAAGUUGAUGAAUCAGAAAAAUUAUUAUUUAAAUCUUCAUUCGAUAGUGAAAAAAAAUCUUCUAAUGAAUCCAACUUAAAUUUUGCAAACGAAACUCAAAUCCAAAUCGAAAAUUUUGAGAAAAUUGAUUUAAUUAAAGAAACUGAACCAGCACCUGAAAAAGAAGUUAAAAAAGCAAAAGUCAAAGGUGGUAGCGUAAAGGGUUUUGUUAUCGGUUCUCUUGUUGGAGCCUUAGUAGGCAGCGUUGCCACUUUUGGUACAUUAGCUUCCUUAGCCGAACAUUUUGAAUGAUUGGUUGUUUUUUUUUUCUUCUUAUUAAUUUGAUUUAUUUCUACUUUAUCUUAUUUUGGUUUUUUUUCUUUUUGGUUUUAUCUAAUACCCUAAGUUGUUAUUUAUUUCUUUAAUUACUUUUUCAAUUGAUGAUCUUAAAUCAAGUUUUUUUCUUUAUUUUUUCAACUAUACUACAUUUAUUUUACUUGGUACUAUUUAUUUAUUUUAACUUUUUUAGUUUUGAAUGAUAUCUACUUUUUUUCGUUUUUCUCUCUAUUUUUACUUUAUUUCAACCUUACUUUGUUGUGUUCAAUCUAUUUGGAAUUGGGUUUGAUUAUACUUUUGAUUCAGAUAAAUCUUCAUUUUUAUAUAUACGACUAUUUUAUAUGUUUUACAUACAUCUAUAAAUCAUGAUACUCCUCUAAAUGAAAUACCUCAAUAAACUUAUUCAAAC